AUGUCUUUGAAUGGGCUCGAUACUGCCCCCGUCCUUGAAGCCUACCAAAGUGCCUUGGCCGACGCAGGCGGGUGGUUUCUACUACACUACAUCGCAAGAGAUGAGGUUGCCCUUCACGAACGAGGCACCGGCGGGGUGCCCGAGAUCCGGAAUGCCAUUGAGGGCUACGAGGAAUGCUCGCCGCUCUAUGGCUUCCUUCAAUACCGACGCAGAAAAGUGAUAAUUCGCUACAUGCCGGAGGGGUUAUCCAGGCUCAUACUAGCCCGAAGCAAUGUCCAAUUUCAGUCCGUCACCGACAAGUUCACCCCAAACGACACCGUACUUCCUCUAUCCAAAGCCUCCGAUCUCACCGAAAGCGCCUUGUCCUCCGCCUGUCUCCUCCAUACCGCUUCGACCUCAAUUACCUCUUCUUCGAGCUCUCUUCGCCGCCGUCGGCUGAUGGAAAUCACGGAAGAUGCUGAGGAAAAUGGCACAAAAGAUGAAGCUCCGAAACCAAUCCCACCUCCCCAGUCGGGGGCGGGACACAGACCAAGGAGCGUCAAGUCGGAAGCUACCCUCGUGCCAUCGCCCAUUGAACCCCCCGUUCCCGUGGAACCAGAACUACCCCCGAUAUCACCAGAAAGCGAAAAGGCAUCAGUCGAUCUCAUGCCACCUCCAUCCCGGGCGAGCUCCAGAGCCACAAUCUCUCGAGGAAGUCCCAUCGAACCACAAUCAGCAACAAUGUCCCCCAGAUCCAUAAAAUCAGAUCGCUCUCGCUCCAGUUCCAGGUACCGAACUAUCCUGGAUGAAUUCCCUCGUCCUUCGGAGGAGGCCCGGUUGUCCACCCAAUCCAGCCGCCCCUCACUCCGAGAUUUGGAACGAGCUGCGGGAUACACUCCAAAGGUUAAGUUGGGACCACGACCGUCCGUGGAUAGCAGUGGAAGACCACGCACAGCAGGCAGUUCUCGAAAUGUAGACCAGCGCCCCGUUGCCUCCCUGCCGACAAAUAUGCGCACCUCUUCUGUGCGGAAGCACAAUGGUGAUGCACCCCGCCCUCGAUCUCAGGGGAGUACUUUCGCAACUAAGCCCACCAGUCGUGUCCCGCCAGUCCCACCCUUGCUGGUCCCACCCCCCUCCAUUCCUAUUUCGAGACCUCAACUUUCCCCUGGCGCAAAAUCUCUUGGCGCGUUGUCGACCUCCUCAGGAUUGACCCCUGAGAAAGAACGUUUGAUGAAGGCUUUGCAGCAAAGGAAAAAGAAUAUGGCUAAGCGUGCGGAGGAAACGAAAAAGAAGCAAGUCUCGGAGGAAGGAGAGCUCAAACCAGUGAAGGAUAUUGCCAAGGACCUGGAUGACGAUAAAGAAAAUCUCAUUCAGAUUCAAUAUCCUGAUUCUGAAAUGCUGCUGUCGGAGCCAGAGACAAUUCAACAAGAUCAACAGGAGCUUCCUUCAGCCAAGUCACCUGUGCCUCUUGAGGUCGCCCCUGAGCUUGUUCCCGAAUCUAUUCUUGAACCCGCCUUCGAGCCUGUUCAUGACUCCACUCUUGAACUUGCCCGCGAACUCGUCCCCGAGGCUAUUGUCAAAUCCGCUCCUGAGCCUGUCGAGGCAUUUGCUGAGCCCCUUUCUGAACUUGCUCCUAAGCCCGUUAACUCGAAUCCCGAGGCUGUCCUCAAACCAGCCGCCGAACCAAUUGUUGAGUCUGCUAUGACGCCUGAGCUAGAGCAGCCUUCGGAUCCUCUUAAGGCUGAAUCAGAACCGAUCGCUGAUCUACCUCCUGCUAACGCCGAUGAUGGGUCCUUGCAUAUGGGCGUAGGUGCCGACAGCCCUGUCACAGCCGAUUGCGCUGCCACACCUUCAGAGGCUGUGACGGCAGAAACGCUGCAGACACCCCCUGAGGAUGAAACACGCACUGAGCACGAGGACUCCGCAAUCCUUGGUCUCGCCCCACCCACCUUUAAUCCUGGUGUUCCCCUUCAAAAUGAGCCUACGGGUGCCCAAGGACCUGAUUCAGGGGACGUCCCCAAAACACACCUCGAAAUUUCCAGCGUUGCAGAUGUGCCAACUGACGAAUCUUCUGAGGUGCUUAUCUCAUCAGAGGUCCUUGAGGCGGUUCCUCCUUCCUCCACCUCUAUUACCCCUCCAGAAAGCACUGGCACGGAAACCCCAACCGCCCCCGUUUUUGUCUCAAUCGAGGCGGAUGAGCCAGCCCCUGAUCACCCAAUUUCCGAGAAAGCCGAGCCUCUUACCCUGGAUCAGAGGCGCAGGGUCCACCUGGAGCCUAUUCAAGUGCCCACCCUAGAGUUCUCGGACGAUGACAACCUCCUUUCCGACGAUUCAUUCAUGGAGGAAUUGACCUCAGCUACUGUCCAGGAGGCCAGACCAGUAUCUGUGAAAUCUCCCAACGGCGUCGAUCACGCCUGGAGAAAUUCACGCGCCGUCUCUAGUCCAUUCUCUAUGGGAUCACCGUCGGGUAUGCAAGCUCUCUCAGUGGGCCGGUCCGUUUCUAGCUCUCACUCUGAAAAUGGCCCUCCUGCGCCGGUACUCAUGGCCAAGAAGAUCAACGUCUCCUCUGGAAUUUCUAGCCGUAUCAAGGCUCUUGAAAAGUUCUCGAGCCGCGAAGGCACUCCCUUGGGGGCGAGUCCGGCUAUAGGUGGGCCAUCAGCCUCCUCGUCUUUCGAGAACCUUCGCAAACGCGCAUCUAUCUCGUUGCCCAGUGGGAACCACGAAAGCCUCCCACCAAGCACAAUGCAUUCUGCUCAUGUCCCCGACAAAUUUACCCGUGCGCCGAGCUUAAGUCGACACAACCGUCAGGUGUCUGUGGAUGCUACGCGCCCUACUAGCUCCGUUUCCGUGACAGCCCGUAUCGUGCGCGAUGCAGAUAUCUCUCCCGGGUCUUCCGGACUUGAGCCCGCUGAGUCCGAUGUUGUCAACCUUCAGGCUAGUCAUUUGACUGUAGAGCAUGAGACAGCUGAGGCGUCACUCCCUCAGGCCUCGUCCAUCGAGCCUGCCAGUCUUCCCCAGGACCGAAGUCCGUCAAUGUCAUCUACUACAUCUAGUCGCCAAGCCACGUCUCGCCCCGGCAGCCGUCCCGACAGCCGCCCCGGAAGCCGUCCCUCUCUCCCCUCGCGGUCUAGGACUGACGACAGCGUCCAAUCCGCUUCUUCCACAUCCGAAGAUAAGAAGAUAUCUCGCACCUCGCGACUCAUGCGCCGUAUGUCAUCGCUCACAUCCAACUCUCGCCGCAGCAUUAUCGGAGCCCUCAGCUCUCCAGUCAAGGAAGAGGAGCAUGUUCCUGCCUUCACAAAUGGGUCUAGCAAGGCUCCAGGGUCUACUAGCUCGCGUGCCUCAGAACCCAUUGACAUUGGUGAAGUAAACGUCCAGUUCCCAGACACUCUUCUGUGGAAGCGUCGGGUCAUGCGCAUCGAUGAACAGGGAUACGUUGUUCUCACGCCUGGCACCAACGAUGCCACCACCCGCAACAUGACUAAACGUUACCAUCUCACCGAGUUCCGCACUCCUUGUCUUCCUGAUGAGGACAUGCAGGAAUUGCCCAACAGCAUCUUGCUCGACUUCCUAGAUGGGAAUACGCUCCAGUGUGCAUGUGAAUCCAGACAGGGACAAGCUUCUGCUCUUCAGACUCUCAUCGAGGCUCACAGUGCCCACCAGCAAUAA